AACCAAAUGAAAAUGUUCUUACUUUUGGAAAAGUUUAUAUAAAGGAUGUUCCGCAUUUGGUGGUGUUAAGCAAAAAACAAAGUUUACCCCUAUUGAUAUUUGUUCCUUCCUUGCUUCACCUUGGCAACGAAGAAGUUUGUUUGGUUUUCACCAAUUUUCUUGGCCAGUGGGUAAAAGUUUUUCGAUGCAGCAGCAUGUCCAAAGCAACCACAAUUAAGGAGGCACUGAAGCGCUGGGAGGAACGGGAGCAGCAAAAUUCCCUAACUGCCAAGAACAUUGAUCUGCAAUUCCAGUGGCCGCCCAUCGAGAAAAUGGACAGCACAUUGGGCACUUUGGUGCAGUGCGAGAGAAUCAGUAUGUCCACUAAUAUGAUAGAGAAGAUAUUUGGUUUGUCGGGGAUGAAGUGCCUGAAGGUACUGUCUCUAUCAAGAAACUAUAUUAAACAGAUUUCCGGUUUGGAGGCUGUAGCUGAAACCUUGGAGGAGCUGUGGCUCAGCUAUAAUCUCAUAGAGAAAAUUAAAGGCUUGACAGGACUCAAAUGCCUGAAGGUGCUUUACAUCAGCAAUAAUUUGAUCAAGGACUGGUCGGAGUUUAAUCGUUUGGCGGAAAUCGAGUCACUUGAAGACCUAGUUGUGGUGGGUAAUCCUCUGUCUGAAGGAUUAGAUGAACCUUCUUGGCGGGCGGAAUGCAUUAAAAGGUUGCCCACCAUCCGCAAGCUAGAUGGAGAACCAGUAGUGCUCAAUGAGGAGCCUACGCUUUAAUGGUAUUAAGUUAAAAAAAAGUUUGCUUAUAGGUAUGUCGUGGAAAUUUCUAUAGAACGAAACUCUGUAUAGAAUGACCCUUAAAUAAAUA